AUGGCUUCAUCCCACCCUCUCCUCACACCGAGCCUCUAUCUGCCCCUCUUACUUCUGCUCCUGCCCUGCGCCUCCUCUCUUCCCCUCUCCUUCUCCUCCUCAGCUGUGGACCCUGGUGGCAGAGAGGAGCACUGCGCCUCUUACACCUCCUUCACUCACCUCACAGUCCACUCGGGCACCGGCGAGGUCUAUGUCGGAGCGGUCAACAAAGUCCUGAAGCUGUCGUCCGAUCUGACACUGCUGAGGAGUCAUGAGACCGGCCCGGUGGAGGACAACAACCGGUGCUACCCCCCGCCCAGCGUCCAGACCUGUGCACACAGUUUGGGCAGGUCAGAUAAUGUGAAUAAGCUCCUCCUGGUGGACUACAGUGAGAACAGACUGUUGGCGUGUGGGACCAAAUGGCAGGGCGUGUGCCAGUUCCUGCGCCUGGAUGACCUGUUCAACCUCGGAGAACCACACCUGCAAAAAGAGCACUAUGUGUCCGGAGGCAGCGACCCCAACGGCAUGGCAGGUCUGAUAUUGGACAAGGACAACCGAGGCUCUAACCCUGACAGUCAGAAACCGGUCCAAGGCAACAGUCGUCUUUACAUCGGAGCCAGUGUUUCCAGGACACACCAGUAUUACCCCUCGCUGUCCCAUCGCAAGCUACUGCCGGAUGUGGACAGUAAUGACAUGUUGUCUCUGGUUUAUCAGGAUGAAUUUGUCUCUUCUCAAAUUAAAAUUCCUGAAGACACUCUCAAAGUGUAUCCAGACUUCAACAUCCACUACGUCUACACUUUCUCCAGUGGCUUCUACGUUUACUUUGUCACGCUACAACUGGACACCGAGCUCACGCCCAAAAGUUCCAGCUCGAGUUCGUGUCAUUGUUCCAAAUCAGAGGCAGACCCAGGAAGGGAGACUUUCUAUACCACCAAGAUCGUCCGGAUGUGCAGCGAUGACCCAAAGUUUUUUUCCUAUGUGGAGUUUCCUCUCGGGUGCACCAAAGACGGGGUGGACUACAGAGUGGUGCAGGCUGCGUUCAAACAGAAGCCUGGGAAGAAGCUGGCUCUGCAGCUCGGCCUGGGGGAGGACGAGGAUGUCCUGUUGGUCCUCUUUUCACAGGGUCAGCAGAACCGUUCAAACACAGACACAGUUCUGUGCCUCUUCACGCUCCGGGACAUAAACCAGGCCAUAACUGAGAAGAUCCGCUCAUGUUAUCGAGGGAUGGGGAGGCUGUCUGUGCCCUGGCUGCUCGGCAAGGAGCUCUCAUGCAUAACAGCGUGGGUGACCCAGUGUGUGACCCAGUGUGUGACCCAGUGGGUGACACAGUGGGUGACACAGUGGGUGACACAGUGGGUGACACAGUGGGUGACACAGUGGGUGACACAGUGGGUGACACAGUGGGUGACACAGUGGGUGACACAGUGGGUGACCCAGUGUGUGACCCAGUGGGUGACACAGUGGGUGACACAGUGGGUGAUCCAGUGUGUGACCCAGUGGGUUACCCUCGUGGAACGCUCACAUUUUAGGAGACACUGCAGUUUGGGGACAUUUUCUUCCAUAUCCAUAAAAUGA